UUCAAUUGUGACUUUGAAUUGUGGUAAACAUGAAGUUUAUUGUAAUAAUUAUUUCUUUGGUGAUUAAAGAAAGUUUAUCAUUUCAUCAUGAAGAUGAAACUUGUAUGAAUUUGGAGGAAUGUCGAGAUAACAACCUUAAUAUAACUUUAGAUAUGUUAGAAGGAAUUUGGUUUCUUGCUGCUUCUAUUGACGACAGUACUGAAGAUGUCUCGAAAUGCAGUUAUUAUAAUGUCUUAGAUGGAGGAAAACCAAACAGCUUGAAGACUGAUGGAUAUCAAUUUGAAAUCAACGGUGGAGCUUUACGAGAGUUUACAUUUUUUUCCACGUAUAAUUCAAAGGGUGAUUUCUUAUAUAUUUUUCCGUUUUCGAACCUCCAUUACAGUUCGACGGUGAUUGCAAUUGAUGAAGAUAUUUGGAUUAUGUUGACUUGUCCCAUUUGUGCUACUUCAGACGACAUAGGAAUUCGAGGAAUGAUUAUGACAAGAGGACAAUUCCCAGAAAGUCAUGUUGUUGAGAAAUACAAGGAAGCAUACGGAAAAUGUGGUUUGUUAGACACUGAUUGGAAACUUCACAAUCAAAACAAUUGCAACUUCUGUUAACAGAGUUAAUUAAAUUUCAUAAAGAUCUUUUUAGAUAUGCUUAAAAUUCGUAGAGAUAUUAUGUUGAUCUGAUCUAUUUAUAAUUUGCAAUAAAAUAAAACCUUUCGAUCGAUUAUUUAAG